UCCGCGCCGGGUUUGGACAAAGUAGGGCCGAGUCACGCAGCCGUCCGCAGCCACACUUGGGCGAAAGUGAAAGUGACCGCUCGGACGCACUGCCAGCGUCGCUUCGUCACGUCGUCGACAUUUCCACGCGUGUCGGCAACACUUGAGCGCCACGGAGUUGUGUCGCUGCCAAGGAAUAGGUAUGCGCCGAGGGUCUACGUUUAGACCGGGCACUUUGUCGGCGUCUCGCAGUGAGUUUCACCAAGUCUGCUUUAAGCUGACAUUUUGGAAUAAAUAAGUUAUAAAGACAUUUUUCCGGGGAAAGUCUUAGGACGGCAAGAGGCGUUCAAAGCAAGCGGAGGGAUACGAGCUAACCGCGGGGUUCACAAGCCCCGCCUACUUCCCUGUUCACCUUCCGGACGAUUUGAUUGGCCCGGGGAACUCGAAAGGCUCCCAGCCAUUGGUCGGACGCGCUGUCACUCACGCAGCGAUGCCUCUCGGUGCAGCGGAGGCUCCAUUCGCCAUAAGUAAAUAGUUCGCUUUACAUCAACUCAGAAGAAUUGGAUCGUUCUCAUCCCGGCGAGCACGGCCGCUACUUGGUGGCCGAGAUUUGGAAGCUUCUGAGCGGACCGCAGCAGAGCUUGCACCCCCCCCCCCUUCCAGCGGAUGCGGAUACCCUGACCGGGAGCUGGCCAGCUGAGGUGAAGGGGAGGGCAGUCGAAUUGAGCGCGGAUGUUUCUGUCCGGGAAGACCAUGAUCUGAGGACCCCUUCGUGCUCUACUCCCGUCAACCCUCUCUUCUUUCCACACACAAAAAGCCAGUCCUGACGUGUGCAGAGAGGGCAAGCGGGUGUUUAAAGAAAUACAGCCUCGUUCACCUGUGACCCCUGACCUCGCACGACCCCCCGCUCCGCAAAAGCAAGCACCAUGGGGAGGAAAAAGAUUCAGAUUCAGAGGAUCACUGAUGAACGCAACAGACAGGUGACGUUCACCAAGCGGAAGUUUGGCCUGAUGAAGAAAGCGUACGAGCUGAGCGUGCUGUGCGACUGCGAGAUCGCCCUCAUCAUCUUCAACCACUCCAACAAGCUCUUCCAGUACGCCAGCACCGACAUGGACAAGGUCCUCCUCAAGUACACCGAGUACAACGAGCCCCACGAGAGCCGGACCAACGCCGACAUCAUCGAGGCUCUGAACAAGAAAGAGCACCGGGACUCUGAGAGCCCGGACCCCGAGGAGCCCUUCUCCCUCACGCCCCGCACUGAGGAGAAAUACAAAAAAAUUGACGAGGAGUUUGAUAAAAUGAUGCAGAACUAUAGGCUGUCAUCUGCCCUCCCGCAGCCCACCUUCUCCAUGCCCGUGACCGUGCCCGUGUCCAACCAGAGCGCCCCGCCGCCCGCCGCCCUCCAGUUCAGCAACAGCCCGGGUGGCGCCCUGGUCAGCACCGCCUCCUACGUCACCUCCGCCCUCACAGACCCCCGCCUCCUGUCGCCGCAGCAACCGGCCCUGCAGAGGAACGCCGUCUCCCCGGGACUACCACAGCGACCCGCCAGCGCAGGUGCUCUCCUUGGAGGAGAUCUGGGAAACUCCAACGGGGCGUGUCCUAGUCCAGUCCCUAACGGCUACAUCAGUGCCAGGGCGUCGCCGGGCCUGCUGUCAGUCUCCAACGGCAACAGCCUGGUCAAAGUGGUCCCGGCCAAAUCUCCUCCCCUUCCCAAUCCUCAGAUGGUCAACAGUCGCAAGCCGGACCUGAGGGUCAUCACCUCGCAGGGCGGCAAGAGCCUCAUGCAGCUGACAGAAGAAGAGCUGGAGCUGGUGAGCGAGAAUGCUCAGCGGCUCGGCGGCUCGCAGGUUCCACAACCACUGACCACUCCCGUGGUUUCUGUGGCCACUCCCAGCCUCCUGGCGCCUUUCUCCGGCAUGCAGACCCCCUACAACACUGAGUACCAGCUGACGAGUGCAGAUCUCACCGCGCUGCAGACGUUCACGCCACCGGGUCUGGUGCCUGGCAACAUGGCUGCCUGGCAACAGCAACAGCAGCCCGCCGUCACCCAGCAACAGCAGCCGCAGAUCAGCCUGGCGUCGCUCACCAACUUGGUGUAAGCACUUCCUCUUUCC